UUGGUUAACUAUCGCAAAACAUUUAACUUUGUAAAAUCUUUUCCUGGCUUGAGGGUAUUUGUCUCGCCUCUGAUAUAGAUCCUUACCCUGACGCCCCUUUCAGAACUCGUUUUCACAAAAAAGGCAAUUAUUAGUAAAAUCUUUUGCCGCUAGACGCCAUGUCAAAGUACGGUGUCUGGAUGCUGGAGAGAUUGGUUGUUAAGUAUUGCGAUAUCGGGGGCAGCUCAAGGGGUAUGAGGCUCUUCUUGAGUGAGUCAAUGCCGGCAUUCCAGCAACAAAACCCGCAGCUGGAAGUAGAAGAGGUGCUUCGGCGGUACCGCCACCCCAUGCUCGUCGGCCUUUAUCGCAACGGGCGGUCGAAGCCCAUUUGCGUCAAGAACAAGGCACCUAGGGAGAUCAUGGAGCACAUAAUGUGGCUCCGAAACUCGCACGGGCGCGGAAUGGAGUACCACGUAGUGCGCAACCGGCAUCUGUCGCGGAACUCGAGCGUCCAGGGCCAGUGGACUGUUAAUACAUUCGCCGAGGAGUUGGAGACCGAAAACCAGCGGCGGCUUGCGCGCACAGCGAUGCAAACGCAGUUCUAAUGUGCCGUGUUGGAAUGAGGACUUGUGGAGGGUAGACGCUUGCGUAGUUCAGUGUAUAGAAUGGACGGAAAGUGGAACAG